AUGGCAAUGAAGUUGAUUUGUAGUUGUCUUCUGGCAGUGGCCCUACUUGGCUGGCUGGCUGAUGCUCAAUAUUAUCCAGGCACGAAGCCCCAGCCACCUCAGAAGCCCCAGCCGCCUCAGCAGCCCCAGCCACCCCAGAAGCCCCAGCCGCCCCAGAAGCCCCAGCCACCCCAGCAGCUACCGCCGACAUCCCCACAGGAGCCACAGCAGCCCUACCGGCCGCCGACAUCCCCACAGAAGCCACAGCAGCCCUACCAGCCCCCGACAACACAACAGCACACUCAAACACCAAAAAUCCCUGGACCCCAGCAGCCUUCAUCAUUUCACUCCUGUGAUGUGGCUGAGCAGUAUAAGAUACAGUGUGGGGCUCCCACCAUUUCUGCUCAAGAGUGUGAGGCUAUAAACUGCUGCUAUGAUGGGCGCACAUGCUAUUAUGGCAAAUCUGUGACUCUUCAGUGCACCAAAGACGCCCAGUUCAUCGUGGUGGUGGCUAGGGACGCCACCCUACCCAACCUUGACUUGGAGACGAUUACUUUCCUCGAAAAUGAUCAAGGUUGCAAUCCAGUUGGUACCUCUUCAGCGUUUGCCAUCUACCAGUUCCCGGCAACUGCCUGCGGAACCGUCAUUAUGGAGGAGCCUGGUGUUAUUAUCUAUGAGAACAGGAUGUCCUCUUCAUUUGAAGUUGCCAUUGCAUCCAAAGGAGCCAUUACCAGAGACAGCAGCUAUGAGCUCCUUGUCCAGUGUAGAUACAUCGGCACCUCAGUUCAGGCUCUGGUCAUAGAGGUCGGCCUGGUUCCUCCACCACCCCCAGUUGCAGCUCCUGGACCCCUGCGAGUGGAGCUCAGACUUGGCAAUGGACAGUGUUUCGGCAAGGGCUGUGUGGAAGAGGAGGUGGCCUACAGCUCCUAUUACUUGGAUAGUGAUUACCCCGUCACGAAGGUCCUCAGGGAUCCAGUGUAUGUUGAAGUCCGAAUGCUGGAGAGGACUGAUCCUAACCUUGUUUUGACUCUUGGAAGAUGCUGGGCAACUUCUAACCCCUCCCCUCACAGUCUUCCUCAGUGGGACUUGCUUAUUGAUGGUUGCCCCUUCCGUGAUGACCGCUACCUGACCUCAUUGGUGCCAGUGGGUGGCUCACCUGAUGUCUUGUACCCAUCACACUACAGGCGGUUUAUUUUCAAGAUGUUCACUUUUGUAGCUACUGGUGCCGCCAAUCCCAGCAAGAAGGGAGGUGCUGGAGAUGCAGUGGCUUCUUUCAGUCCUCUCAAGGAACUGAUUUAUAUACACUGUGAUGCAGCUGUGUGCCAACCUUCUCUUGCAAACAAUUGUGAACCACGGUGUUACAGAAAGAAGAGACAUGUUGCUGCGUCUUUCCUGACAACUACCAGACAGGACACCACCAUGGUUACCAGUCCACCGAUUUACAUGGCAGAUACUCAGUAG